AAAGCCCGCCUUUCCUGACAGAUAAAGGUCGUCUCUGGUGAGUCAACGGGCGGAGCUAAACUGACCGUGAUUCAUACCGUCGCGGGAUGCCCGAAGGUGGAGCACCACGUAAGAAGAUGACCCGAAGUUGCUCUGCAGUGGGCUGCACUACCCGGGACACCGUGCUGAGCCGGGAGCGCGGCCUCUCCUUCCACCAAUUUCCAACUGAUACCAUACAGCGCUCAAAAUGGAUCAGGGCUGUUAAUCGUGUGGACCCCAGAAGCAAAAAGAUUUGGAUUCCAGGACCAGGUGCUAUGCUGUGUUCCAAACAUUUUCAAGAAAGUGACUUUGAGUCAUAUGGCAUAAGAAGAAAGCUGAAAAAAGGAGCUGUCCCUUCUGUUUCUCUAUACAAGGUUCCUCCAGGUGUACACCUUAAAGGUAAAGCAAGACAAAAAAUCCUAAAACAACCACUUCCCAAUAAUUCUGAAGAGGUUGCCACUGAGGACCAUAACUAUAGUUUAAAGAGACCUUUGACAAUAGAUGGAGAGAAACUGGCUGAGGUGCAACAGCUGUUACAAAUGUCCAAAAAAAGACUUACCCCUGUAAAAAACUACAGGAUGAUCAAGAAGAGAAAGGGCUUACGAUUAAUUGAUACACUUGUAGAAGAGAAACUACUUUCUGAGGAAACAGAGUAUCUGCUACGAGCUCAGUUUUCAGAUUUUAAGUGGGAGUUGUAUAAUUGGAGAGAAACAGAUGAAUACUCUACCGAAAUGAAACAAUUUGCAUGUACACUCUACUUGUGCAGUAGCAAAGUUUAUGAUUAUGUAAGAAAGAUUCUUAAGUUGCCUCAUUCUUCCAUCCUCAGAACACAUGGGGGUCUUGCUGUGUCACACUCCUGGGCUCAAUGGAUCCUCCUGCAUCAGCCUCCAGAGUUUCUGAAACUGUGGCUAUCCAAAUCCCAACCCAGUCCAGGUUUCAACAGCAACAUUUUUUCUUCUCUUCAGCAAAGAGUAGAGAAUGGAGACCAGCUGUAUCAGUACUGUUCAUUAAUAAUAAAAGGUGUAUCUCUCAAGCAACAACUUCAGUGGGAUCCCAGUAGUCACAGUUUGCAAGGGUUUAUGGACUUUGGUCUUGGAAAACUUGAUGCUGAUGAAACACCACUUGCCUCAGAAACUGUUUUAUUAAUGGCAGUGGGUAUUUUUGGUCAUUGGAGCACACCUCUUGGUUAUUUUUUUGUAAACAGAGCAUCUGGAUAUUUACAAGCUCAGCUGCUUCGUCUGACUAUUGGCAAACUGAGUGACAUAGGGAUCACAGUUCUCGCUGUUACAUCUGAUGCCACAGCUUACAGUGUUCAAAUGGCAAAGGCAUUGGGGAUACAUAUUGACGGAGACAACAUGAAGUGUACAUUUCAACAUCCUUCAUCUUCUAGUCAGCAGAUUGCAUACUUCUUUGAUUCUUGCCACUUGCUGAGAUUAAUAAGAAAUGCAUUUCAGAAUUUUCAAAGCAUUCAUUUUGUUAACGGCACAGCCCAUUGGCAGCACCUUGUGGAGUUAGUAGCACUAGAGGAACAGCAAUUAUCAAAUAUGGAAAGAAUCCCAAAUAAACUUGCAAAUUUGAAAAAUCAUGUAUUGAAAAUGAAUUGUGCUGCCCAACUCUUUAGUGAGAGCGUAGCUAGUGCAUUAGAAUAUUUACGGUCAUUAGGCUUGCCUUCUUUUCAAAACUGCAUUGGUACCAUCCAGUUUUUACGCUUAAUUAACAAUCUCUUUGACAUAUUUAAUAGUAGGAAUUAUUAUGGAAAGGGACUUAAAGGGCCUCUAUUGCCUGAAACUUAUGGUAAAAUAUGUCACGUGUUAAUUGAAGCCAAGACUAUUUUUGUUACGUUAUCUGACACUAGCAGUAAUCAAAUCAUUAAAGGUAAGCAAAAACUAGGAUUUCUGGGAUUUUUACUUAAUGCCGAGAGCUUAAAAUGGCUUUACCAAAAUUACGUUUUCCCAAAAGUCAUGCCUUUUCCAUAUCUUCUGACUUACAAAUUUAGUCAAGACCAUCUGGAAUUAUUUCUGAAGAUGCUUAGGCAGGUAUUAGUAACCAGUUCCAGCCCUACCUGCGUGGCAUUCCAGAAAGCCUACCAUGAUUUAGAGACUCGAUACAGAUUGCAAGAUGAAGUUUAUCUAAGUGAAGUAAGUAUCCUUGACAUUUCAGUUGCUCGAAGGAAAGACUUGGCUCUUUGGACAGUUCAACGUCAGUAUGGUGUCAGGACUACAAAGACCCUCUUUCACAAAGAGGAUAUUUGCAGAGACUGGUCUGAUUGUUCACUCACUGAGGCUUUGCUAGACCUGUCAGAUCAUAGGCGAAAUCUCAUCUGUUAUGCUGGUUGUAUUGCAGAUAAGUUAUCAGCUCUCUUAACUUGUGAGGACUGCAUCGCUGCACUGUAUGCCUCGGAUUUCAAAGCCUCUAAAAGUGGGUCACUGUUAUGUGUUAAAAAGAAGAAUGGUUUGCAUUUUCCUUCAGAAAGUCUGUAUCAGGUCGUAAAUAUUUGUGAGCAAGUUGUACGAACCCAUUCAAGAAUGGCAAUUUUCGAACGAGUUCCUAAGCAGAGGGAACUGUAUCUUCAACAGAAAAUACUAUGUGAGCUUUCUGGGGGUAUUUUUGUAGAUUUAGAUGAGCAUCUCUUUGAUGGAGAAGUGUGUGCCAUCAAUCACUUUGUCAAGUUGCUAAAAGAUAUAAUAAAAUGUUUCUUAAAUAUCAGUAAAGAUGUAGCUCACUGCCCUUUAAAACAUCAUUCAGAAAGAAUCGAGAUGAAAACUUUAUCAAGGAAACACUGAUCAUCCUUACAGGAUUACGAAUGUUCAAGUUUUGCUAAUGUCGAUAAAUCCAGGCAUUUGCUGAGUAACAAUGGAGAGCCAUUCAAAUGAGAGACCUAAAUAUAUUAACUCUUUUAUUACAAAUACUUAGCCAACAUUUUUUUUAGUUCAAUUUGCUGUAUUUUAUAAAUUGACCAUUCUGCACAGUGGACACAUUUACAAUUCUGACUUUAUAAUUUCUGAUUAUGGAUAUCAUAAAAUCUCAUACUGUGGUACGUCUUAACAGCAUUUAUGAAUUUUCAAAAAUAUAGAAAACAGUAAGUCACUGGGAACAGACUAGCCAAGAGGUGUUAUCUUUGAAUUUACUACUAUAAGACUGAGUAAUGUGACUAGCCAUACUUUUAACUUGUUCAGUUUACUUUAAAAACAAGAAUAACAACAAGGAGCUGCCAAAACAUUUACUCCUUUUAUGAAUGGACUACAUUUCCUAAAAGAGCUUUGGUUUAUAAUUCUUAAGAAUGUUGACAAGAUACCUAUAAAACUUUGAAUAUAAUUUUUACUACAAUAUGAAAAUGAAGUUGUAAUUUGAAAAUUAGGCUAAAGCAAAUCAUAUCCUUCAAAAAUCCCUUUGUCCCAGGCUAUCCUAAAGCAGAAGGACUUAUACUUUAUCAGGCAGAAAGAAAGUACAUGAACCAUGAGAUUAUUCCCUGUGCUGCAACCAAGCGGGGCAGUCCAAUCUAGGAAGAACAUAGGUAAUAAAUUUUCACUAUUUGUUGCCCCUGGACUUCAAAAUACUACUUUAGAAUAAAAGGGUGGAUACUUACUCGAUUACUGUUGGAAGAGCCCACUGCUCAUCAGAAAAUAGGGAGAAGCCUUUAUUUCAACUUCUCUUUCCAAAGUCUACUCGUGUUUGCAAGGAGGCUAAAAUAAUGAAACACAUAUUGAGUGAAUGUUGAGUGAAUAAUGGAAGAUCACAGCACACAAUUCAUAAAUUGGAAAAAGAUGUUUAAGACAAUGGAUAUGAAAAACUUGUCUAUUAUGUAAUGGAUUUUUUUCAGAAGUUUAGAAGAAACUUAGAGGUGGAAGCUUACUAAGGACAAUUUUCUCACUCAUACCCACAUUUGAAAAGAUAAAUAGAAAAACAUCCAGGUACAUAUACUUUCACAGAUGAGUGCAUUUUAAUGGAUGGAAGAAGAAAUAACACAUUAUUCAGAUGUUUUUGUAAAACAUCUACUCUUUAUCAUUGAAUAAAUAUUCAUAAAGCAUAAUUAAUAUGUAAACUUAUAACUGCUAAGAAAUUAAUGAAGCAGCAAAAGUAUAUUGAAAUUCUUAAAAA